GCAAUCGAUAUAACAAAAAUAAGGUAGUAAACAUUACCAUUUUGUUUAUUGAGGAGCGUAAAACAAAUACUAUAAUAUAGUUAUGCCCAAAUCAGGUUAUAAUUGUAAUUACAAAUCUUGAACCAUAAUAAACAUUGUUAAAUGAUGGCGAGUGGUCAUACUCCAAAAACACUGUGGAUUCCACCAUUACCCCAAGGAUGGGAAGCAAGAUAUGAUCAAAGUAGGAGAGCUUAGUAAGUCCAAUUUAGUAAUUUUUAAUAAUGAAAAUUGAUUCAAGGAUGUCAAAAAGUUGCAAAAGCAGGCCUAUUAAUUCUCUAAAUAAUAUCAAAAUUAAAAAUGAAAAAAAAAUAUUAGAUGAUCAUCAUUUUUAUCCAAGUCUGCACAAUUAUUUGUUUACAAGUUAUAAUUAUAAAAAUACAGCUUUUAUUAUUAGUUUUAAACUUUUAACCUGUUGACAGUCAUUUGGAAAUAAAUCAAAAGUUUUCAUAAGUCCCUCAAUUCAUGCCACUCAGCCCCUCUCCUCCUCAGCAACAUCCUCACCUCACCAUAAAUCCUAGCCCUCAUAUCACCCUAUUUACAUCUCCAUAAGUAUAAGCCAUACAUUCUUCCAGUGCUAUCUCCCCUUAUACUCAUACUACCUCACUCAUACUGUACCUAAACUCAUCCCUCAUUGUUCAUAAUAAUAAUAAUAAGAGGUCUUAUAUAGCGCGGUACCCCAGCCUAGGGCUGGGCUCACCGCGCUGUACAUAAAAAUUUUAUCAAAAGAGACAUAAACAUGACAUUAAAAUAAAAUACAUCUAUGAAAUAAAGAACAGCAAUGUAUAUUCACCCACCCCAUAACUUUUACAAGGCAAACCAUGGACGGCAGCCAGCAAGAUUGUUAAUUGGUCAGAGGAGGGGAAUCAGUCAGGGUUGUAUAAUUUAAAGAGAUAUGUUUUGAGUGCAGUUUUGAAGGCCUUGGUGAUUGAUAUAUUGUGUAUGUGUAGUGGCAAAGAAUUCCAUUGUUUGGGGGCGCAGAAAGAGAAAGAUCGUUCACCAUAUGUUUUAGUUUGUGUCUUGAACGGACAGAAUAUGUGUGUUUGCAGAGGAGCGAAACUGUCAAAGGGGUGAAUAGACAGAAAGAAGUUUGGUUAGAUAUCUUCUUGGCUUAACUCCCUACCAUCUAGUUUUCAACCCUUUCAUGUCCCCCUUAAAUUCCACUUGCGGGCCAUCUGUAAACUAUGUCAUGCUAUUUUGUUAGAUUUUUACCCACCCCCAAGAUACGUGAUGUCAUUUAUGAAAGGCUGCUUACCCUCUUCCUCCUCAACCACCUCCUGGGGGUCACCCACUUCCUCUUCACCCACUUCCUCCUCACCCACCUCCUCCUCGCCCACUUCCUCCUCACCCACUACCAAUAUCUUUUCAUUUUAUCUUUUUCCCUUUAUCCCCACCCUCUUCCUUAUAGCAACAUCACUACCCCUGCCAAAUUCCUAAUGGCCAAGAGGGUUGCCUAAUAUUAUCAUUUUAUUGUCUGUGAAGCUCAUACUAUUUGGUCCACAAUAUUUAUCACUGGAUCUUUGAUAUUAUUCCUGCAGCUUCUUUAUAAACCAUCAAACCCGUACAACACAGUGGGAAGAUCCCCGAUUUCCUCAACCAGUUUCAACAACCCAGUCUAAUGCCACCGCUGCAGUAAGAUUUAUUAAAAUAUUGUUGUGCUUUAAUAGGAUUCAGCUUUAUUGUUCCCAGAAGCCUAUGCUUAAAUAUUAUUGCUAUGUAAAACAAGUGAAUCUUACUUAAAUAUUUUUUGUAAAAAAAAGCUCCUCUUUAAUUCUUUUGAAGUAAAUUUAAGACUAUUAUUGAUGUUGUUUGUGUUGCUUUUAUUUAUGUACUAGCAGGCUUUGUUAGCUUCUCUUGGUUUUGCUCUUUUGAUUUAUUUUUUUUUUUAAAAUUUAAGUGUCAUUUAAAUAGUAUAUAUAUUUAUUGCUUUGUGAUUAGUUUAUUUUGCUGUUUCUUUAAAAAAAAAAGAGUUUACAGUGUUUAUAGGCCCUCUGAAGUUAGUGAGGAUUCAUUGUGGUUCCAGAAUAGUAUGCGAUGAAUGAAGGCUUAUUUCAUUGUUAAAUCUUUUAAGUCAUUUUAAAAAUUCAGUCUGAGGUUUGGAGGUUUAUUCCAUUCAAGUAUGAUUCUUUUCUCAUUAAUCUCAUGCAUUUUUUAAGAAGUCAGGCUUAUUAUAAUUAAUAUUUAGCUCCACAAAUAGUUUUUAUUUUGUCUGAGUUAAGCAACUUGACACUGAUCUAAUGAGAGUAUUUUUGAACGCUGUUUAGAUCACUUAUAACAUGAGAAUUUUUAUUUGUGCUUGCAGUUCUGGCAAAUGAUUAUUCUAACCAACUAUUUAUAAGUUCUGACGGAUUCUCUAAUUGUCUACGAAUAAAUUCUGUCGGAUAAAUUCUUCUAAUUGGCUAAGAAUACGUUUUAAAAGGUGAUUACCUCUAACUGACUAAGAUUAAGUUUUGACUGAUGAACAUUAAAAAAAACUUUUGUUUUUCAUAAAUUUAUCAGUUUCAGUCGCUUGGUCAAAUAGGUGAGCCAAAUGAAAACCGUGAGGCUAAUGCCCUCCAACUUCAAGACUUCAACCGCACAUCUCAUUCAAAGACCCGGAAGGGCAGUGACACAGAUUCAGUCAAGAGUGUAAAUAUCUACUACUUGAUCUUAUCCUCAUGCUAAUCUAUCUUUAUAACCAACCUGGAUUGAUAUUUUUUCAACUCUUAAAAUAGGUUACAAUGCUUGUCCUCAAACUCAUAGCAUUUACAUAGAUUUUUAAAAAUUAAAUACUGUUUAUUGUUGAUCCAACUCCUAUUCUAUACCAUUUUUCAAUUGUACAGUUUUUCAUUUGACUAAAUUUUCACUUAAAACAUAUUCAACAGACAAGGGUGGCAAGGAGUUAUUUGAAAUCUUUAAUAUAAAACUGAGUUAAAAAUCUCAGUUUGAAUGCUAUGUGUUAUCUAUUUUUCAAUCAUAACUAUGAUAGAUAUGAAUGUCACUACUUUUAUAAGGGAAAAAAAAAAAUGCAACAAAACAGCAAACUUGUUGAUAAUACUAAUUUCUCUCAGAUACUGCAAUACAGCUAAUUGUUAUUUUUGAUUCAAUUCUGUUUUUACUGUUGUUUGAUUGCCGAUGAAGGCUUCUGGCCAACACAUUCGUUGUUUUGUUGCGUUCUUUUUUUUCUUCAGGUUUUUUCUUACUUCAUUUCGCUAAUUUCCAGUUGAAAGACAGCAGCCAAGUUGGUGGGGGGUGGGGGGGGUGGGGGGGGGGGUAAAAUUAGUCGGUGUACUCUAUAUUAUUUGUAGUUACCAGUUACUGGUUUUAUUACAGCUGCUGGUUUUUUCUUACUUCAUUUCGCUAAUUUCCAGUUGAAAGACAGCAGCCAAGUUGGUGGGGGGUGGGGGGGGGUGGGGGGGGGGUUAAAAUUAGUCGGUGUACUCUAUAUUAUUUGUAGUUACCAGUUACUGGUUUUAUUACAGCUGCAGAAUAAAGAGAAAGAAUAAUAAUUGUACUGCAUGAAUGUUUUUAAAGAAUAAGUAGAUUUUUGUUUGUUUGCUAGCCUUGCUUUAUUAAUGCUUUAUUUAACAUAAACUUACUUUUAAAAAUGUCUUUAAAAAAAAUAUCAAUGGUAUAUUUUCUAUGAACUUUUUGGCCUUAGUAUAACAAAUUAGUAUUACAGGUUUACUACAAAACAGUAGAUGUUUAAGAAAGUUUUAUCACCACCACCUUAUAAAAAUAUAAUUUCUUGUGUCAACAUUAUUAUACAUCAGUCUUAGCCAGCCCCUCCCCCCUCCCCUUCCUUUUUCCUUUUUCUUCCCCCAAACUGUCGCCUUGACACUAAUGAAGUGUAUAGCAAUUAGAUAUUUUAUCAGAAAUCGAUUAAACCAAAUAGUUUAUUCACAGACCCACAAAUGACCACAUAGAAAUUGUAGAUUUUUACUUCAUAAGUUGCCUUUCUUUUAUUUAUAUUUUAAUUAUUUCAGCAGUUAAUAGUAUACAAUGACUUGUUUUAAUUUUAUAAACUUCCUUUAGUUCUCUCACUCCACAAGAUAGAUCAAGGGUCCUCAAACUUUUUAAACUAGGGGCUGGACCAGUGUCCUCGAACACUGUUGGGACCAGAUCAGUGUCCCUCAGACACACUAAUAGUUUUGAACGAAUCCAAUGAACACUGCAAUUUCUCAUUUGUAGUGAAAAAAACAGCUUGAAAAAAUAAUAACAUUUAAAAUGAAGAUGAAAUAAAUCCAACAUAAAGUUAAUAGUAUUUCAAAGGGAAGUAAGGGUAAUGAGAUGAUCAAUGUCUGUUCCUUAUUUGUCACUGCUAGCCAGGUACCCUUAUGUUGGCCAGGUGGGCUAAGUUAAGGACCCCUGGUGGGGCAGAUCUGGCCUGCGGGCCGUAGUUUGAAGACCCCUGAGAUAGAUUAUGAGUGUGUUGGCAAGACGGAACUCUUAUUUUUUAUAUUUUUCUUCCUUUCCCUUAAAAAUAGUGAUUUGACUUGCUUUAGUUUUCUGCCCUAUAUAUAUAUAUAUAUAUAUAUAUAUAUUCUGCUGCACCAGUUUUCAAUAUGUUUGAUCUAACAGACUAACUACUACAAUUCUGUGACAUACCAUUCAAAUAUGAAUAAAAUAUAUCAGCUGAUUCAAUGAGGAAGAUUGUGAAGGCACAUUAUUACUCUGAUAUUGUGUUAGUUAUAUUUUAUAGAUUAUAAAUAUUUGAGAUAAAUUAUUUAAAUUGUAGUUCCUGUCCCACUUUACAGGUGAAAUUCACCACACAAAAAAUUUGUUACAUUGAUUUUUAUUUCAUUGCAACAAAUUAUUUGAAAACACUUGUGCACUACUGGUAUUAACUACAUCGAUCAAUGAUCCAAUACGAUGUUGCAAUAGUAACCUUGAACUGCAUGUAAGAUAGGUACAAUAUCCUGUUUAAACAGUGACCUCGAAGUGUAUGAUUUCAUGAUCCAAUAUCCUCCUACCAUAGCGACCUUGAACUGAAUGAAUCAUUGAUACAUUAUCCUAAUAUCUUUUUACAACUGGAAUUUGAACUGCAUGUAACAAUGAUACUAUAUCCUGUUAUAGAAUGGACUAUGUAAUUGUCUUUGUAACCACUCUCAAAACAUUUGCAGAAGCUCAGCUCUGUAGACUACUCAAAGUAUUUAAAAUAGAAUUGGAAUCAACGUAAAGAAAUUUCUCUAAGAUAUCCCUGUGUUUUAAACCAGAGCUAAGCCACUGGUGUGCUGUGAUGUAGGUGUGGCACACCAAAUGCCUUUAAGAUGUGGAAAGCACAGAGUGUAUGGAGGCCCAUAAGUAUGAUAAAACCAUUUUGAUAUUAUGGGGACAUUGGUUAGCCUUACCAAGCUGUCAAAUAGAACUUUUUCAUUGAUUAGCGUUAACAAGCUGUCAAAUAGAACUUGGUAAGCUUUACCAACAGAGACACUCCUAAUGCACUAAUAGUUAUUGAGGAGAAGUAGAGUGUAAUCUGAUACCUUUUAGCAUGACAGGCAAUUAUGAAUGUUAGCCAUAUUUUAUUAUUUAGUAUAAAAGUUUUCCUGGCUAAUGUAAGUGUCACCUAUGAACUAAGUGGUCCAAUAGUUUUUGUCAGUUUUUACUUGUGUUAUACCAAGGAAUUCUUGCAAUGGCCUAGAGUCAGACACCUUGUAAAAAAAAAAAAAUGGUUGUAGUCACAGAUGCAUAAUAUUACCAUUUGAUGUACGGUAUUUAAAAGAUGAAACAUUAAUGCCACUGCGCAAACAUCCUGAGGCUAAUUACAACAAGGCCAAUAACUAAAGUGUUGACUAGGGACAUUUUCAGAACUGUUAAAAAUGGUUUUUGUUUAAUGGUAGGAGUCGAGCUUCACAAACAAGGUGAAUACAGCCAGUGUGGAGAAGCUGAGGGCAGAAUUUCCUAAUGUAACUAAAGAGCUUGUUGGGGAUAUCUUAAUGAUGUGAGUAUCAGUUAUGGGAUUUAUAACACAUUUAAUAACAGUCAAUAUCUGCAUUUUUCUUUUGGCAACAUUCAAUAUCGCAUUCUGAUGGUGCUAUCUUUCUCCUUUUUUUAAGUCAUACGAAGCCAUAGGGUGAAUUUUUUUAAAAAUUGAACUUAUUUUCUAUUUCUUCAGAUGCCACAACAACGAGAGAGAAGCAAGAGAGCAGCUCCAGGAUUUGGGAUUCAGCAGCACGCAGUCAUCUGGUGCCAGUUCUAGCCUCGCAACCCCACAACGCACACACUCAGGCAGCAGCUCAAAAGGCAAAACCUCUAGUUCUAGCACACCGAAGCGCACACAUGCAGCCGGAGGCUCAUCUGGUGCACACUCUAGUCUCUCCACCCCACAUCGGCCCACCUCCUCCACCUCUCCUAAGAAACAAGUCAAAACUCCUCCAAACGUUAAUCCAAAUAAGAAGAAACAAGGCAAACAGCAACAGCCACAACAGCAGCAUCAUCAGACCCAACAGCCAGCCAAAGAAGAAGUCAGCGAAUCUGAUAAAACAAGAGGUGGGUAGAAUUUAUACCAUUAUUAAUAGUAUUAUGGUCAUGAAAAAAGCAUGGACUAACGACCAUAUAUAAAAUUGAUAUUAUUCAUAUGUGUUACCAAUUUGAAAGUCUUUUAUUAAUGUCUUGCAGUUUGUGUGGGUGUCUGCACUGUGUGUGAUUUUAACCCUUUUGCCUUGUGGCUAUGUGGGAUUGUACUUGAUGUGGUGUUAACAUUCAUGCAUUAUUUAUUGAAUAUCUUUUUUGGAGAAAUGAGUUAAUAUGAUUAACAACCCACCCCUCCCUCCAAUUUAAAUGUUGACUUAGUACAGCCGCCCCCCCACCCCAAUGUAGACCUUAUCUAAAUUAUUUGUCAGUUCACUUAGUUCUUCAAUGUCCCGUUGCAGCAUUCAACCAACUGAAGAAUACCUUCCCCACCACAGACUCUGAUGUCAUACGCAUUGCCCUCGGCCACUGCAACUAUGAUCUUACAGAAACAACAGUUUUGGUCUCCGCGUGGGUGAAGAAACAAGGGUAGGCUCUUACACUUACAGUCUUGGUCAUAGAAUUCUCUGAUUUAUUUCUUAUGACAACAGCCAAAGUUCUGUCUCUGUGAAUCGUGUCAUGGUUGUGUAAAAACAAAAUGUGAAUUUAAAAAAAAAAAUUUUGUUACUUACAUAAUUUCCUGUAGCUUAAAAGCAAGAAGGCAAAAUGACUGAGAUGUAGCAGGAGCUGGCAAACUACAGCCUACAAGCUAAUAAAGGAAUUAGCAUUUUUUACUUUUUUAAAUGAACACCAUCUUGGAGCUUGUCUAUACUGCUCCUAUUUUCAUGCUGUAAAUGGCUUCUAACUUCUAAUGUAACCUCAAGCCUUUAUAAUUCAGCACAACUUUCACUCAUGUACCUGUAUCUCCCCUCCCACCUUUUUAAACAAAAAAUCCACUGUACAAUUAACACAUCUACCCUAUAAACAUAUCCCAAGUAGGCAGAAAACAUUAUAUUUUGCUAUACCAGUACUGGACUGAACUCAAUUGCCCCCAAAUAUGAAAUGAGCUGGGAAAGUUUGCCCACAGCAUCUAAAGUAUAAGUCCUUUUCCAAAAAAGUUUUUUUUACCCUUGAGGUACAGUAGCUGUUAAGGAAUAUCUUGUUAUUGUGAAUUUUCUUAGUGUUCAGACUAAUGAUUUUCUUAUUCACAUUUAUUUAUGAACCAGAGAGGAUGACCUGAAGCUUGCACAGGCUAGAGGUAAAUAUGCUUAGUGUUACCAGGAGAUAGGAUUAGUCUCUAAAAACAUUGUCCAUUAAAUUAUACUCUAUUUAUCUUGCUUGUUUAUAUUGACUGUUGCUGUGACUAGUUUGGCAGAUUGGUUUGUUUAGUUGACAAACUUUUGAAUUUAUUGUAACAGAAGCUUCACUGAGAGCCACAAGUGACUCUGUCUCUGCAGCACCCCGUGUGUCUCUUUCUGGUUCUUUAGAACCAGCAGGCAUAGAAGAUGCAGCAGCCAACAGGCCUCAGUAAGUCACAGACUGUUUCAUAUGGAGGUCUGUUCACAUGCGACCACAUUGUCUUUAGUUGGUCUUCAGGUUCUCAAAUAUUUACAUACCCAUUCCCCAUUUUGCCUCCUAUACAUUUUCCGAUACCUCCUAUGUGCAAAUCCCCCCCCCCCCCAAAACCACCUUAUAAGGACUUUCACACAAAUCUACUAACCAGAUCACCCAUCCCCAAUUAAUGUGCACAUAAUAUAUUUAUUAAUAUUGUUUAUAACAACUAGCAAAAUGAAUUUUUGGAAGGUUUGACAUAUUAAAAUUUGUCGGCUAAGGAUACCUUUGAUUCAAAUAAAUAUACCAGUACAGUAAUUCAAUAAAUUAAGUCAUCUGCAUGUUAAUGACUACUUUUUGUUAGAACAAUGCUCUCUGAUAGUGUCACAAAUGACACCAAGUUGAUUUGUUGUCGCAUGUUGUGCUGCUGGAAGUUGUAUUUGCAUAUAACAUGCUUGUAAACCUGUCUGGACAAUUUUACAAAAAAAAACUAGCUAAUAUGUUUGAUAACCUUAGGCUUUUCUGAUAACCUUAGGCUUUCCCUCAUUUUUAUCAUUUGAUUCUAUCAGAGGAUUUGGCUCUGCACAGCCAAACACGCACAGACCGGGCCCUCGUCCUGGGACAAAAUCUACCACGAAUGAAACAUCAGACCCAUCUCAUUCUGGCACAGGUCAAAAUGGUGCCAGUGGUGGUGAUGCAGCAGCUGGAGGAGCAAGUGACUCAAGCCAGGCCAGGGGUCACCAUCAUGCUAAUGCUCAACAAGUCACCAGGUCAGUGGACUGGGUUUAUGAGACAAAGUUUAGUAAAACUGCCCUUAUGAGUGGAAACUAUUUUUAACUGAAAUAUUUUGACACCAAUCAAAUGUAUGUUUUAAAAAUCAGCAUUUUUAUUGAACUGGGUUAGUGAAAUGAAUGUUACUGAAAUUCAAUUAAAAUUAAUUAGUCCACACAUUUUUUUUAUGUGUUUGUGUUUGCAGAAGGCACAGAUAAUUUCUUUGUCAUAUUUUUCUUAAAUGACUAGAGGUGUUCCUAAUUUUUAUUGGCUUUAAUUUGUUUUAAAAAUUGUCUGCUAUAGCUUUCUAAAUAUGCUUUUUUAAAAAAAUACUUGAGAAAUUUUGAUUUUAUAAUAAAUUUCUUUCAGGUCCAUUUAAUAUUUAUUUUAAACUUAUUUCUCAAAACUUGUUCGACAAUUUUUUUCCAAUGUUCAGAGCUGUUUUUUCUCCUCAUUUCCAAUGUUCAAAGCUGUUGUUUUUUCUGCAGUUUCCUUAAUGUUCAUGGUUUCCAUCUAUUUCUGCUUGAGAUGUUAUUGAACAAAUAUUGCAGCACACUGAAAAUGAUAAUUUAAUGUCAACUGUUAUUUAUUGCAUAUUAAUGUCACUUGAAUAUAAGGCACUUGUGUGGAUCUUUCCUAUACUAUGCUCACAAAUAAUGUUACUUAUGAUUUAGACAAGAGCACCAGAUGUAACUUGUGAUUAAGAUAAGAAGAUACGGACACCUGAUGUCACUUGCAUGUUGACCAGGGCACCAGAGGUUACCCAAUUGUAUUCUUGCUCAUGCCUCUCCUUUGUGCACUACUAUGUUAUAUUUACAAUUUGUAUAUUGUAGAGACACAUCGAAUAUAUUUAAAUGUAUAAAGUUGAGAAGAAUUUGAAUUAAAAGUACUGGUAACAGUCUGUAUGAAAAUCGCUAUAAAUAUAACCCUAUGCAGCAGACUAUGAACAAUAUCUGAAUGUAUGUUGCAGCCUAUGAACAUAUGUGUAUGUCAUUUGUAGAAGACUAUGAACAUAUAUAUUUAAGUUGUAUAUAGACAACUGUCAGCAUAUUCAUAUGUAAGUAGUAGGCUAUAAACAUUUCCAUAUGUAUGUAGCAGGCCAUGACCAUAUUGCUAUGUAUCUACCACGUAGAAUGAGUGAACACCUCCUGAACACAACCAAUGACCUACUUAAUCACCUGGCUACCACAGCCUCGUGCUGCUCCAGUGAAGAGGAAGAGAUUGCACUUGUUGAAAGUGAAGAGACAAGGUCUUUCCUUUUCACUUAUCAACUUGAUGUCUUUAAAUAGUUCCAGUUGCAUCCCUUGCUUACUGUGCACUUAAUCAGUAGUCAAAGUUGUUUUGUUUUUUUAGUUUACACAUCUUAGUCAUUUUGUUUGUAAUUUUUUUAUUUACUCACUUAAUAUGGACAUGUAUUAUUUUGAUUUUGUAUACAAAUAUUUGGUUGCCACAUUUGUGAAGGCAUGUCAAUCAUACCUACUUAGACAAGCUUUAAAUGGCCUAAAACACUGGAACCAGUAGUUACCACUUUUGAUUCUUAUUGUUUUGUUUUGUGCAAGUCUAUUUUUUUUGUGUUGCCAAAAAUUUAAUAAAGUAUUCAUUUUUUUUAAAAAUAAUUAAUUGUAUCUGAAGGUUGUCAUGAUGCAAUAAAUAAUUGACCAAAAAUUCAUUAAAAACGGAACGAAAUAUAUUUGAAUUGAGAUAUAGUGAGUAAAAAAAAAUAUAUCGCUACCACAUUAUCGCUCAACAAAAAUAUCAUUUAUAUUGUUAUAAAAUGUGAAUUUCUAAGUUUAUUUAAGUCUUGAUUUGAUGCAUACUUAAACUCUAUCUUACAUUUUGUCAUCUGUGACAGUAUAUUAAUUUUGUUAAUGAAUAAUUGGGUUAAUUUUUGUUGUUUUAUUUGCUGGCACUAAAGAUUAUUAAACAUAAGCGUGAUUUUUGUUUUCUUUAUAUGCAUGUUUAAUUAGAAAGCAAUGUUAAAUCUCAAUUCUGAAAAUUUUACUCUAAUUAAUUGGAAGGUAAAAAAAAUUUUUUUAAGAAAAAUGAAUAAAAUAGUUGAAUUUAAAAUAAAAAUUUAGCUUUAACGUUUUAUUGUUGACAUACCUUUAGUAAUUGUUUAUUAGGUUUAUUUUGUAUUAUAUUGGGUAUUCUUAUCAUUCUCAGAACUAACCGACCAGAAAAUCCUCCCAGGGCGGCAGUUGUAACCUCACAGCCCACUGUGGUCAACCCUCAGCCCACUAAAGAAGAGAAUCUAAAUUUUGUGUCUCAUUUGAGAAUAGAUUCUAAAGGUCCUGAUGCCAAACUGUGCAAAGGACCAGACAGUUCUCUGCUUACGUAAGUUCAUAGAGUAAGGUUGACAAACACUGAUUGUUCUUUCUGGUCGAGCCUUUGGUUGAACUUUCAAAGAUAUUGCAGUUAUUAUUUAUCCUCCCAGUUCCUUCUGUUAUAGAACUUGAUUCUGAUUGACUACGUUGCUGCAACCAAGUACUGGCAUAUGUGCAACGGUUUGGGAAAAUAUGUGGCUAUCCUAACGGCUCCUAGGGGGUGCCAGGGCAGCCUUGAAACUCUCGAUUGAUUAGAGAGAAAGAGAAGGGGGCCCAGCAUUGUACCGUGAGGAACUCCUGAGUCUACAGUGGCUUUGCUUGAUCAGACGCCAUCCACCACAACUUGCAUGGUCCUUUGUGUUAGGAAUGUUGAGAUCCAGGAGUGAUGUUGUAGAAAAAUCUUGAACAAAAUGUAGAGUUCACAUAUGAUAGUGGUGGAAAGCACAGAUGUCAAAGACUGGGAUCGACUAUGAGAGUAGAGGGGGGGUGGGGGGGGGGGUCAUUUUAUUUGAACAUGUUAAUCUAAUUUCUGUGGAUCCAUAAGCUUUUUCAUCUGAAAACCCAAAAGAGGAAACAGUUAAAAUAUAGACAAUAAAAUAAGACUACCAAUGAAAAAAACCAACACGUUUUUUUAAAGCUUGUUAACCAGUUACAAAUUUUUAUCACAGCUUUAAAUAUGCAGUAAGUUAAAAUUAUAUGGAAUAAUAUUACACUGAAAAGUCUGUUUUCCAAGUUUCUUCUUUUACAACAUUAAAAAGCUAUUUUAAAUCUAUCAGGGUCACUUUCUUUCUAUUAAAUGUUAUCUUUGCUUGAAUAAAAUGGUGUUGCAAGUAAACAAAAAUGUAAGCUGGAGUAAUGAUGAAGAGAUAAAUAUCAGGAUCCCAAAAGCAACAGCAACUAUGGCUAAACUGAAUAAGCGGGUGUGGAAUAAUCUCAAUCUAACUGAUAAAACAAAAAUAAGUGUCUAUCAGGCAUGCGUGCUUAGCACGCUCCUAUAUGGUAGCGAAAUGUGGACCACAUACACCAGUCAGGAGCAGAAACUCAACAGCUUCCAUCAAAGAUGUCUGCGUCGCAUUUUACGCAUUCGUUGGCAGGACAGGGUGCCUAACGUGGAGGUUUUGGAACGUGCACACAUGUUUAGCAUAUUCUCCUUUCUUAUCAAGAGGCACCUUCGCUGGUUAGGUCAUGUACCGAGAAUGGAGGAAGGACGUAUCCCAAAGAUACUGCUGUAUGGAGAGUUGGCAGAAGGGACAAGACAUAUUGGACGACCACGCCUGAGAUUUAUUGACGUUUGCAAACGAAGCAUGAGGGAAGCCAAUAUUGAAUCAAACAAAUGGGAGUUCAUUGCCGAACAUCGCUCCAACUGGCGAACAGCAGUGUUUGAAGGAGUAAAAAAGGCAGAAGAUACUCGAAACGAGGCCCUUGAAUCAAAAAGAACAAUUCGGAAAUCAAGAUCUUACCGGGAUUCAAUAUUCUCCUGCGAGAGAUGCGGCCGUGAUUGCCAUUCGUCAUAGUGGAGAACUAUAUAGCUAUUCCAUCAUCUCACGAAGACGGAAGGAUCCAUGUGAGCUUGAGUAAACAUUUUAUCUUUUUCAGAAUUGUAUUUAUUUUUCUUUAUUUAAGGAAAGUAACUAAGCCAAUCAAUUCAUAAUUAAAUUGUAAUAUUUUUACCCUUCCAAUAGAUCUGACUACACACAGGCUAAUGGUCCUGACAGAAGUUUGCGUGCUGGCCCUGAUCCCAGCCACAGAACAGGACCCAAAGGUGCACAAGGUCCUGAUGCGUCACUUCGGUGUGGCCCCCAGAUGUCACUACUUCAUAAGCUUCGAAGUAUACCAGUAGAAAGUGAAUUUUCUCUUAUUACUCAAAUAUAAAACUUCCUCAAACUUCUUUGUAUUUUAAAAAAAUAUGUGUUGUGAUAAUUGGGAGAAAUAUAUUUUACCUUCUCUUUUUUGUCAAAAAUUUCUAUCUCACAUUAGGAAGAAUACUUCAAGUUCAAUGUCACAAAAAUCUGGCUUUCUGGAAUGCAUUGUUUCAUUUUCAACCCUUAAAAUUUAAUUAUUUUUUUAAAAAAUGCAAUUUCUUUAUUUACAGGAAGAAAUAUAUUUAAUUGCAUCAUUUUUUACAAUUGCUUUUUUAUUUGUAAUUUUUUUAUAAAAGUAAUAAAAGCAACUAAAUUUCAUCCAUGUGCCAUUUACAAUUUCUGUUUCAUCUGCUGCUAUGCUGUAUUUUAAAAACCAAUUCUCAUAUAAUGGCCAAUAUGGUUGACUUUGACGGUUAGCCUGUUUUAUGUGUGUCUUUAUUAAUUUUUUUCUUUAAAAUUCUAUAAAUAACCUUAAAGUGACUCUAUUUGGUAUGAUAAGUCCUUUAGAAAGAAAUGGGUACGAAAAAAUAACUACUAUAAUUCUAUAAUGUAUCUCCAGCUUUUUUGUAUUGUAUAAGCACAAAUGUGUAACAAGUGUUUUUCUACUUACUUUAAUAUAAUGUGCAAUAACUGUUUCUCUAAAUAUUGCAUUGUUUAAGGCUUCAUAUUUAUUUAUAUUGUAUUGUGUAAAAUGCUUGGGCAUUGUGAUAUGCCUGGAGCUACAGGCUGUCAUGGAUACAGAAAAUGGCCAACUCAUAAGUGGUGUUUAUGGGCCAAGAUUACAGAUGGCUAACUUUUGCUUUAUAUUUAAAUGUGAUAAAGUGUGGAUUACCGGUACCUCAAUACUGUAAUGAACUUAAUUAAGUUACCUCAGUCUAAACAUACAAGCAGGGUGAUCCUGUUUGCAAUUUAGCUGAGAGGUGGCUGGGAACCCAUGUUUUGUUAACUAUUGUCUAUUUUUAGAAUCCUAAAUUUCACGGGCAAAAACUUCCAAGCAGAUUAAAAAACUUUAGCAUGUUUGCCACAGUUAGUUUUAAAUUAUUUUAACAAAUUCGUAAACAUAAAAUGUACUUUUUAUUCCAUUUGGUGCUUUAUUUUUAUAUUUUGUGUAUUAGCAUAAAUGUUUUUUUACAGACUGACUAGUCUACAAACAUAAGUAAGAGAGGGCGAUCAAUGUUUUUUGUUUUUUUAAUUUGAUGGACUUUUCUUUGACAAGCCCUAAUCAAAUUUUUUAAAACUAAUGGUUUUUCCUUAACUUAAUAUAGCUUUUACUCAUUGAUACUGAUUAAAGUUUUAACAUGCUGAUGUGUAAUAAUUUGUAUAUUUAGAUAUUUUUGUAUAUGGUUAGUACAUUGAAUCAUUCUUUCUAACUGCUAGUUGUUAAGACUCCUUAAUCUUAUUUUCUAAAUGUAUCAAUUUGUAUGGAGAUCAUUAAUUUUAUCAAAAGGAUGUUCUUUUUACAAAUUUUACAUUACAAUAAAAUUAAAAGUUUUGUUAACUAUGGUUUUGUUGGUCUUUUAAUUUAUGUACAACAUUAAACAAGUCAAAUGCGUAAAAUUUCUUUAAAAUUUAAUAGAAAUCAAAU